CUUCUCCACAAACUCAUCAACGAUGCCAGACGACCCGCCAUCGCCGCCGCCCGCACCAGAGGCUGCGCCAGUGCCAGCUGCGACGGAGCCCGUCGUUCCCAGUCCGCCACCGAACGUGAUCGCCGAGGUGCCGGCCGUGCCCACCCCCCCACCAGUCGUCACACCAACCGAGUCUCCACCCGCCCCGAUGUCCGCACCCACUGAGACAGCCCCCACCUCUUUUCCAGCAUCCGUAACAUCCUCCGCUUUGCCUCCCGCCCCAGUGGCCGCCCCCGCCUCCAUCCCCCCCGCUUACCCCGUUAUCCCCGCGGCAUUCGUCCCACCCGCCGUUACGCAUCUGAAGCACGCCCCGCGGCCCCUCUCAACGCUGCCGCAGCAGCUGAAGCGGCUGGCAUAUGUCGUCUCCAUCCUGAUCGGCGGCUCCGCCAUCCUUGCGGGCGCAUGGAGCGCCUUCCUCCUUCCGCUGCUGCACGCGACGUACUCUGCGCGCAACGCCGUCGCAAGUGCGCAGAAGGAUAGGUGGCGCGCCGUUCUCGAUAAGCUGCAAGGCAUCCGCGCCCUGGGCAUUUUCCCGCUUGCCUUGACGCCCGAGGAGAACGCCGAGCGCGACGAGGCGAUCGCCAAGAUUGAGGCGGAGAAGGCGGAGAAGGCCGCCGCUAAAGAGCAGGAGAAGGACAAGCAGGUUGCCCUGCACGGCCAGGUGCCCGAGAGCCCCAAGUCCUCCACGUCCAACAUCCCCGACGACCUGCCGCCUGCCACCAAGCCGCCGCCCAUCCCACUCCGUGCCGAUGUCGGCGACCUCAGCGCCGCACUCAAAGACCUCGCUGCCAACCUCGAUGCCACUGCCACCACGCGCACCAGCCUGGUGUCCACCCUCGAAGGGUACACCUCCGGCCUCCACCGCGAGCUCUUCCUCGCCCGCUCCGGCGGACCGAGCACGCCGUGGGGUCCUGUUCCGGGCGCCAGCAACACGGGCCGCGUGGGCCUGGGCACACUUAGCGCCAACCUCGCAAGCGCAGGCGGCAAGGUAGCUGGCCAGCCUGAGGCGUCGCCCCUCGGCAUCCCACCCGCUCGUAGCGAAGAGUGGGACAGUGUGCGCCGCGAGGUUCGUGCGAUCAAGGGUCUGCUGCUCAACCGCCGCAACUUUAGUGUGCCGACGACGCGUGCCUCGUAGAUGUGGAGGCAGGUAGCUGACGAUGAUGGAGGAGCGUUGAGUAGGGCGAGAAGAGGAUGCGCACAUGCUUGAGUGCCACAGCUA